AUGAUCACUGCAGCGGAAAUAGAGUCUCGGAUUCGUUUGAACCUCCAGCCGACAUCACUUGAAGUCAUUGCUUUGAGUGAGGAGGACCGUAAGUACAGUGUCGCUAUUGUAUCCGAAAAGUUCAAGGACGUCUCGCUCAUUAAGCGACAUCGAAUGGUGAACGAUCUUUUCAAAGAGGAGCUCUUAUCGGGGGACAUUCACGCAUUGACUAUAUCGGCAAAUGCCCCUUGCUAA